CUUCUCUUACAUUCUCUUCUUGUCACUCUGCCUGUGUACUUUCCAUCCACCACACAACAUGCCCAACAACAGCGUGUUCUGCCGUCUGAUAAAAGAAACUGGAAGAUUUCUGUGGACCUACCGUAACUACUUGAUCAUCUUCAUCACCCCUCUCGUCUUCCUCCCCCUGCCAGUCAUCAUCCCUACCUCGGAAGCAAAAUGUGGCUACAUCAUCAUUGUGAUGGCCCUGUAUUGGUGUACGGAGUGCAUGCCACUGGCUGCCACUGCACUGCUGCCAGUCAUCCUCUUCCCACUGCUGGGCAUCAUGGAGUCUGGAAAGGUGUGUGUGCUGUACCUGAAGGACUCUAACAUGCUUUUCAUUGGUGGGCUGCUGGUGGCUAUAGCUGUGGAACACUGGAACUUACACAAGCGUAUCGCCCUGAAGGUCCUGCUGAUAGUAGGAGUUCGACCUGCUCUGCUGAUGCUAGGCUUCAUGAGCGUAACAGCCUUUCUCUCCAUGUGGAUCAGUAACACAGCUACUACUGCUAUGAUGGUGCCCAUAGCUCAGGCUGUGCUGGAGCAGCUCAGCAACACGGAGGCGGAGAGGGAUGAGAGAGAGCUGAGGGAAGGCAGAGAUAACCAGGCCUUUGAGAUGGCUGAAGUCACCACCACCAAACUGCCCUUGGAUAAUUUCACCAAACAACAAAGUCAAGAUCCAGAGAGCGGAUACGAUUUAGCCUUAGAGCAGAGGAGGAAGGAUCGGGAGGCGAAGUAUCUCCUGCUGAAUAAAGGCAUGAGCCUGAGCGUGUGCUACUCCGCUAGCAUUGGUGGCACUGCUACCCUUACAGGCACCACACCAAACCUCAUCCUUAAAGGCCAGAUGGAUGAUAUCUUCCCAGAAAACGGUGAUGUGAUCAAUUUUGCCAGCUGGUUUGGCUUUGCCUUCCCCAACAUGGUGCUGAUGCUUGUCCUCUCCUGGCUGUGGCUGCAGUGCAUGUAUCUGGGCCUUAAUUUUAAGAAGUCAUUUGGCUGUGGCUUGAACACUGAAAUGGACAGAGAGGCUUAUAAAGUAAUGAAAGAAGAAUAUAAGAAGCUGGGCAACAUGAAAUUUGCUGAGGUCGGGAUUCUCACAAUCUUCGUGUUGUUGGUGGUGUUGUGGUUCAGCAGAGAACCAGGCUUCAUGCCAGGCUGGGCCAGCGAGCUAAACAGGAAUGGACAGUUCGUGACUGAUGGCACUGUUGCCAUUCUUAUGUCAACUCUGUUGUUCAUCAUCCCUUCUCAGCUGCCAUGCAUCUCCUCCUACAACGCUGAGGAUGAUCAAGAUGAUGCAGGAGAAAACAACACAAGGCAGACAGAGAGGAAGCUGAAGGCUCCAGAAGCUUUGCUGAACUGGAAGGUGGUUCAUGAGCGCAUGCCUUGGAACAUCGUCCUGCUGCUGGGGGGAGGAUUCGCCCUGGCUAGCGGCAGUGAGGUAUCUGGGUUGUCGAUCUGGUUGGGUGAGAGUCUGGCUCCCCUGAAGAGUAUCCCACCUUUCGCCAUCUCUCUCUUGCUCUGCCUGCUGGUGGGCACCUUCACUGAAUGCUCUAGCAACACAGCCACAACCACACUCUUCUUGCCCAUCCUCGCUUCCAUGGCCACAGCUAUUGAGCUCCAUCCACUGUACGUCAUGCUGCCCUGCACUAUCUGCGCUUCACUGGCCUUCAUGCUGCCUGUGGCCACUCCACCCAAUGCUAUUGCUUUCUCCUAUGGCACUCUCAAAGUGGUGGACAUGGCAAAGGCAGGCUUCGUAUUGAACAUUAUUGGCAUCCUGUGCAUCAAUUUGGGAAUCAACACAUGGGGGACAGCCAUGUUCCGGCUCGAUACCUUCCCUUCAUGGGCCAACGUCACGCAUGGAGCACCAUGAGCAAGCUUUCCAGCAGAACCUUCUGAUUGAGCACAGAAGCAAUGAGGCGGCAGAGGAAGGCAAAAAACAAGCAAAAUGCAUGUUGUCCAAAAGGGUAAAUUUACCAUGUAUCAGGUCUCCAGCACCACCUGCUCCUCUGGCCCAAGUGAAAAAACAUUCAUAGACCAGAAAUCCGAACCUUCUUUAUUCAUUCCUUUCCCCUGCCUUUUUAAACACCAAAGGACUUUACUUGUCUGAAGUGAUUAACUAGAGGGCCUCAAAAAGCAUAUAGAAUUUAACAUUCAGAUGAGUUGAACUGAACUGGUGAGUGCAGCUGAUUUUCUUGAGCAUGCUCAACAAGGCUGCAAGGCUGGUAGUUCAAAUGGUGAAGUUUGGGGUGUCACAGAUAUCAGAGGAUGCAUGCCAUGCUGUCCCAUUCCCUAAGAUGUUGGUACUGUAGUGUGAGAGGGAAAAUGUAAUAGGAAAUUCCUCAAAAAUGGGGAUACAAAGAAAAAAAAAAAAAAA